AUGGCUGAUACUAACCGACCAGGGGCUCCUAAGCCGGCCACCACCCAUGUCGAAUGUCCGAAUAUGUCAACUGAUAUGAACAAAAUCUUUGAUGGAGAUAAGGCUCUUGAUCUGUUUGAUAACCUCAAUGAUAUACAUCAAGGCUUUGAACCAGGAGAAGAGAAGAGAUUGGUUCAGAAGAUUGAUAUGAUGAUUCUUCCUUUCUUAUCGGUUUGUUACGCUUUCUACUAUAUCGAUAAAACCACCCUCUCAUAUGCAGCAAUCUUUGGGAUCCAAGAGGACUUGAAUUUGUCCGGAACCGAAUACAGCUGGCUUUCGAGCGUUUUCUAUUUUGGAUUUUUGGCUUGGAGCUUUCCGACAAACUUGUUGAUGCAGCAGUUUCCUAUUGGAAAAUACUUGGGAGUCAACAUAUUUUUAUGGGGAUUUUUCCUAAUGUUACAAGCCGCGGCCAAAAACUUUACACAACUUGCAGUUUUGCGAGUGAUUUCGGGCGCAGCAGAAGCAUGCAGUGAUCCAGCAUUCAUGCUAAUUACUGCGAUGUGGUACACACGGCGCCAACAGCCAAUCAGAAUCGGCCUUUGGUAUACAGCGAAUGGGUUUGGCAUUGCCAUUGGAGGGCUCCUUGGCUAUGGAAUCGGUCAGAUCAAAGGAGCUUUGGCCUCAUGGAAGUACGAAUUUUUGAUCAUAGGCGCACUAUGUUGCUGUUGGGGCGUUGUGAUGAUCAUAUUUCUUCCGGACUCUCCAGUCACAGCACCACAGCUCUCUGAGCACGAAAGAAGGCUCGCAGUGGAGCGGUUGAGAGAUAACCAAACAGGCAUCGAAAAUAGGAACAUGAAGCCUCGACAAAUCUUUGAGGCGCUCACAGAUUGGAAAGUUUGGACUUUCUUUCUCCUUGGUCUUAGUGGGAAUAUUCCAAAUGGCGGUAUAUCCAAUUUUGGAACACUGAUCAUCAAAGGAUUUGGUUAUUCGACGCGUGAGUUUGUCAUCAUCUUCACGACUGGUGCUUCGCAGGACCAACUGGUAACAACCCUCAUGCAAAUCCCAUAUGGGUGCUUCAUAGCGGUGAUGAUCCUCGCCGCUGUAUUUAUCAAUGACUCGUUACCACGCAAUAAUCGCUCUGCUGUCGCAAUACUAUUUGUCUUGCCCACCCUCGCGGGAUCAUUUGGAUUGAACUUCGUACCGGAAUCUGAGCAGGUAGGAAGACUCAUUUGCUACUACCUGACAGGCUCAUAUAAUGCAUCUUUUGUCAUUAUCCUUUCUCUCGUCACAUCCAAUAUCUCUGGACACACCAAGAAAUCGGUGACCAACUCCAUGAUAUUCCUCGGUGUUUGUACGGGGAACAUAGCUGGCCCAUUCUUUUACAAAUCAAGCCAAGCGCCGCAAUACACCCUGGGAAUUUGGUCUAUGGUUGUUGCAAACAUGAUUGAAAUUGGACUGAUCAUACUCCUCGCCAUUGGCCUGGCUUGGGAGAACCGAAUUCGCGAUCGUCAGCAGCAGACAAGCAACGGAGAAGACCUAGAUUAUGCGCGCCAACUGGAGUUAGAUCGCACAGCAUUCAGUGACUUGACCGACAAAGAGAACAGGAAUUUCCGAUAUGUUUACUGA